UCGGCUGCCGUCUGCCGGUAGUUACUAUGGAAACUCAGUGGCCAUCGCUAUGUCUCUGCAAAAGACCCCUCCGACCCGGGUGUUCGUGGAACUGGUUCCCUGGGCUGAUCGAGGCCGGGAGAACAAUCUGAUCUCAGGCGGAGUGACGCAACCGGGCCUCCACCACCCCGUCUCCUCAACACAAGCCCAAACUGCGACCCGCGAGGUGCACGUAAGCGGCACCUCAGAAGUGUCUGCGGGCCCCGAUCGGGCUCAGGUGGCGGUGCGAGUGAGCAGCACCAAGGAGGUGGCGGCCGAGGCCAAAAAGAGCGUUUGUCGCCGUCUAGAUUACAUCACACAGAGCCUCCAGCAGCAGGGCGUGCAGGCAGAAAAUAUAACUGUGACAAAGGAUUUUAGGAGAGUGGAAAAUGCUUAUCACAUGGAAGGAGAGGUCUGCAUUACAUUUACUGAAUUUGGAAAAAUGCAAAAUAUAUGUAACUUUCUUGUUGAAAAGCUAGAUAGCUCUGUUGUCAUCAGCCCACCCCAGUUCUAUCAUACUCCAGGUUCUGUUGAGAAUCUUCGACGGCAAGCCUGUCUUGUUGCUGUUGAGAAUGCGUGGCGCAAAGCUCAAGAAGUCUGUAACCUUGUUGGCCAAACCUUAGGAAAACCUUUACUAAUCAAAGAAGAAGAAACAAAAGAAUGGGAAGGCCAAAUAGAUGAUCACCAGUCAUCCAGACUCUCAAGUUCAUUAACUGUACAGCAAAAAAUCAAAAGUGCAACAAUACAUGCUGCUUCAAAAGUAUUUUUAACUUUUGAGGUAAAGGGGAAGGAGAAGAAAAAAAAGCACCUUUGAAAUUCCAA